GUCACGUGACCCACGCUAACCGCCAUCUUUCUUUAUCGUAUAAACAGUGCGACCGGGCGUAGCGCGAAUUCUCGCCGUGGAACCGUGGAUUUCCCAGUGUUUUUAAGUGAUUCACACGCGAAGAGAUGUCUGACGCCAAGACGGAGACCAAGAGCGACAAUAACAUCGAGGAUGCGUCCAAGGAACAGUCAACGGAGGAGAAACCGACUCCGACGAAAAACAAACGAAGCGGCACCAAGAGGCUCUCCACUCUCGAGAGGACCGCUCGGGAGGGUGAGGCAAUCAUAAAGGGAAUGAACAAAUCCGUCGGCGAAGUGGAAGGCAGAAGACGCACCCGCAGUUCAGCCAGAGGCCUAACUUCAACAACGCCAGUGCCAUCGCCUCCCAAAAAGGAGAAAAGGGAAACAUCGACAAAGGGCGGCGGUGGUCGCGGACGUGGACGUCCCAAGAGGCAAGAGAAGAAUAAUGAAAACAAUACCGACGAGGAAACGUCGAAUAACAAAAACGAAAAGCACACGGAAGAAGAGUCUACAAAGAUGGAGGUAGACGAGGAAAAGGAGGAAGAGAAAGAAGAGAAAGACAGCAAAGCGAUACAGAAUGAAGACAAAAACGCAGAGACUGCGGAUAGUAAAGACAGUAAAGACAGUAAAGACGCUGAGAAAACCUCCGAAGCCAAUUCCAAGGACGAGAAGGUAACGGAGGAGUCUGAGAACGUGGUGGACGAAGCUAAAAGCACCUCUCCUAGCGAAGAGAAGAAACAAGAGGAGAUAAAAGAUAGUUCGGACUCGAGUCAAGAUGCAACGGACACAGCAGCGGAAGCGCCACCUUUAUCCUCAUCGGAUUCCCAAAAUCCCUCCAACGCUGUUACUACCAAGGAAAAUAAGGAAUAACCUUUCUUCGCCUGUUUCACUACUUUUAUGAGGUACCAAGGCGGCGCACAUAUUGGGGUCACACAAAUCCAGUCCCCCUCGUCUAUUUUAACUAAUUAACACCUUCUUGUUGAUCGUUGCUUCAACCAGCACAUUUAGAGUUUUGCUUUUAUUUUAUUUUCAGACUAUUAUUUCCAAAUAAUGCAACUUUUCGGAAAACAUGAUAAAGACAUUUAAAAAGAAAUCAUAGUCUUUUAUACUGGUAUGAAUUAGAGCUUUAAAUUCAAUUUAUAUAUACAUAUAUAUAUUAAUUAUAUAUAAUAAUUAUAUACAAAUAUUUUUAUUGCUUUAUAUAUUAUGUAAUAAUUAUAUAUAAAGUAAUAAUAUAGGAAGAGCCCAAUUGUGUGUAUAUUAAUCUAGCUUUAAUUCAGUUUGUCAGUGCAACUUGUUUCUAAAGUUUUGACACAUCGUUUAAAUGGAUUUUAAACGUUGUCUUUUAAAUCUUUACUGUUUGAGUCAUUGCUAUUCUCUUCCGUGUUAUUAUUAUUAUUAUUACUAUUUUUUUGUAAUAGGAUAUUAAACUCUGUAAAACUAAUCUAGCCAGAUUUAUUUAUUUUUUUUUUUCGUUAAUGAAAAUGUUUAGGAUAUAUGUGUAUGUAUAUCAUGUGCAUUACAUUUAAACAUUUUAAAUUUUAUUCUAAUCAUCAAACAGUGAAAAUUCUUCUUUCAUGCUGGUUAAUUAGCGAUAAGCAAUGCGAGGUGUAGAGCAUACGUUGUUCUCAUGUACAAUGAUAAUAUUAUUGUAAAAUAUAUUUAAUAUGGACUUAUAUAGAGAGAAGAGAAAGUUGUUUUCAAAUCAGAACUGACAUCCGGGGUCCUAUAGCAUAUAACGAGCCUAUGAUUCAGAUCUGAUAUGAAAGUGGCUAUAAAGAUUAAUUCGUACAUAGCAAAUUACUGUAAUACUUUUAUCGUAUAUAAAUAAUGACUGAAUGAAAUGGAAUAUAUGAGAAUUAUGGUGAAAUGAUUUCUCUUUUUCAUGGAUUAUGCGAAAAUAAAAUUUCUGAGAAACG